AUGUCGCGGCGCUGCUUCAUGGUCUACCCGCUGCCCACUGUGGCAGACGAGUCGUUUCUGAACGUCGUUUUUGACGGCGGCGUUCGCCGCAGUGUCUUUGCGGGAUGUGGGUCGCGCCGCUUUGCGCUGGUGGAGCUGCAGGAUGACGCAUGCGCGGAGGCGGUGGCGCUUGCCCUGGGAACCGCGCCCCUCUCACCCUACACGAAUAGCAGCACGAUUGCCACAAGCCGCGGGGACAUUGCGGAGGAGGAUCGCACGCUGGAGGAGUUGUUCCGUGCUCAUGUCGCUGCUGCCGAAAAAAAAAGUGGGACUGAUGUCCCUAAUGCUGACACUGUCGCGAAGGGCGGCGCCACGCCGAGCUGCAUUGCGCACCUCAACCGGCUGCGGUUUCGCGACACUCCAAUUCAUGUGCUGCCGAGUCCCAUUGCACUCGAGGAGAUCUACAGCUGCGGUGGACAGCUGCCGCAGCACCUCCACAAGAACAAGGCAAACACUGACAGACCGCACGAGCGCGCGGGUAAAAAGCCUUUGCGGCAGAAGCGACAUCGCACGCCUGCGGAAGGGGCCGCCAUUUCUUCCGGUGAACCUGCAGUGACAGCAGAGGGGCGCCAGGGGAGGGGCGGGGGAGCCACGGCUUCCUCAGCCGUGGACGCCUGUGGCCGGUGCGGGUCGACGGAUCACUUCACGCGGCACUGCAACGCCGACGGCCGCGCUGCCGUGAAGGAAUUGGCGAGGCUGCAGAGCCACCCGGGCUGUGAGGACAAUAGUGAUGGUGUGGCUGCGGCGCAUGCUGCUGCUCUCCAAACGGAGCAGGACACAACGUGGCGUCAGGAGCCCCCUAAAGCGACGAUGCAGCAGCAGCAGCAGCAGCGGCCCACAGCGUUGCGCAGGUCAAAGGAUCAGUGCAAAUACUGCGGCUCGGAUGCCCACCUCUCUCGGCAUUGCCCCUCAAAGUGA